AGAAAAACGGAAGUGACGUAUCUUUGGAGCCAAAAUGGCGUGGAUAUUAUAACCUAUAUGCGUUUGUGACGUGUAGAUGAACUGGUUAGAAAACGUCGAAAAUGCCCGGUUGCUGUAUUGAGAAUUGCAAAAACCGCAGCGAAAAAGGCUUCCGUUUAUUUCGCGUGCCAACAGGAGAUAGACGUAAAGAAUGGCUUCAAUUAAUUGGUAAAGAAACAUUGCCGGAAAGAGCUGUAAUUUGUGAGGUCCAUUUCGACAAUAAUCAAUUUGAAAAUAAUCGUCAAGAUGGAAGAAAGCUGCUUCGUCCAUUUUCAAAACCCAAUUUGUUACUGAAACACACAGCAGAAGAUAAAGAUAAUAAAGAUGAAGAGGAAAAUAAUUCUAGGAAUUCGGAAUUUUCCAGUCAAAAUAUGGAAUUUCGUAGAAACGUUCAAACCUGAAGAAAAACAUGC